GACAAACACACGAGAUCGCAGCUCACACUGGGAUCAACGGGCCUGCGCACCCGAACUCAUCACGUGCCCGCGCGCCGUCGGAUGAGCAUUAGUACGGUUCAUUCCACCUCUAGAGACAACAAGUGUCACUGGAGACAUGUUUUACCGGGACAACAAGACGUAACAGUACUUUACGGGACUAUCUGACAUUUGGACUUCUGUCGUUGCAGUUUUUUCUUUCAGACGGUGGAGACCACCUCUUUUCUCUCUCUCUCAUUCCGUGUUCUUUUACCGUUUUAUUUGGAGUGCGUUUUGCAAGGACUAGUCUCAAGACAUGCUGUGGAGAGCGGGGCUCGUGUUGCUGCUGUGUUGGGGCAGCACCGGGGAGCUACGUCAUCAACCCCGGGACUCCCCCGAAUGUGAAGACCCGACGAGCAAACUGCAGGCAGACUCCGCGAGCACGAGGCAGCAGCGGUCCCCGCCGCCGGUAGAACCCCUAGACUUUGGGUUCGUGCCCUCCGGUGUGUACGAAACGCACGCCUACUACGAGCCCGGUGCCAUCGGUGUUCUGUUCCACAUGGUGCACGCGUUCCUUUACGUGAUCCAACCGAACCCCUUCCCGAAAGAUCUCAUCGUAAAAGUCAUCCAACAGAACAUGGGAGGGAUUAAACUGGAAGACUAUCACAAGCCAGAGAACGUUGUCUUAAUGCUACAGACAAUCUACUAUGAGGCGGGCUUCCUGUUGUGUGUGAGUCUGGGCUGUGUAUUCCUGGUGUUGACCCCCGUGGUAGGACUGUGUUUCUGUGUGUGUCGCUGCUGUGAGAACUGUGGAGGGGAGAUGCACCAGAGACAGGGGAAGAACCCAGACUGUCAGAGAGGAUUCUACACGGCCGCUCUCAUCACCACCUCCGUAUUCAUCACGACUGGGGUGCUGAUAGCGCAUGCUGCCAACCACAACAUCACGUCUCAGAUCAAGUCCACACGCCGUUUCAUCAGCACCAACAUGAGAGACCUGAAGACCUUCGCUAACAACACACCGGCGCAAAUAGACCAUCUGACGGCCCAGUACACUACAGCUAAGAAUAAAGUCCUGUCUGACCUGGACAACAUCGGGCCUCUGUUGGGUGGGAGGAUCCAGACUCAGCUGGAGAAGGAGGUAGUUCCUUCUCUGGACACAGCUCUGCGCAUGGCUGGAGGCAAAGUGGAGAACGCCGUUAAAGCUCUGCGUGAGUCUAAGGAGGCGUUGGAGAGUGUUAGUUCUUCGUUGGAUGUUCUUCAUGAGGGAACGUCUCGUCUGGCGCUCCGUCUGACAUAUGAACGGACCUCCCUGUCCAACACCCUGUCUGAUCCGGCCUGCACUAACGGAGCUGUGUCACGCACCUGCAACAAAAUCCGCAUUACACUCCCACAGCUGGGAAUCAACAGCAACUUCUCUGGGUUACCAGACGUCAGUCCCCAGUUGGCCAGUUUAGAGAUUGUCCUGAAGACAGACCUCAGCAACAUUUUACAGAAGGGUUAUUCAUCCUUCAAUGAUACCCCCAGACUGGUCCAACAGCAGACUAAGAAUGUAGUAGCAGCUCUGCCUAGAGUGAAGGCCAUGCUGGAUAAAAUAGGAGUAGAGAUAAUAGGUUUCUCUAAGAUGUUCCCAGUGGAAGCAUCUCUGGCCAACUUCACCAUCUUCCUGAGUCAGGGCCAGAAGAACAUGGAGGCCUACUACCCACAGAUAGACCAGCUGGACUUCUACAGGUGGAUAGGCUGUGUGGCCGUGCUGUGUUCAGUGGUUCUGGUUUUGACCUUUAACUUCCUGGGUCUGUUGUGCGGAACGUGUGGCUACGACAAACAGGCCACGCCCACCACCCGCGGCUGCCUAUCAAACACCGGAGGCAACCUGCUAAUGGCAGGUGUAGGGUUCAGCUUCAUCUUUGCCUGGGUAUUGAUGGGGCUGGUAUCAGCAGGGUUUGUUGUCGGGGGCAACAUUGAGAAGCUGUUCUGUGAACCGCUUGCUAACAGACAACUGUUCAAGAUAAUAGACACUCCCUACAUGGUCCAUCCUGCCAAGAAGAACUUCCUGCCUGGCAUGCUGUUCCAGAACCCUAACAUCGACCUGACUGUAGGAAGCAUGUACCGAGACUGCCAUGAUAACAACGGGCUGUACCAUGCUCUGCAGCUGGAGACAAUGUUCAACAUCAACACCUUCCUCAAAACAACCGUGUUUAACAAGGACCUGGUGAAGGUGUUUGACAGCGUGAGCAUCGACCUCCAGAGCAUUGUGUUAUUGGAGCAGGAUGGACGAGAUAACCUGCUGACCUUCUCUGACGCUGGGAUAGGAGAUAUUAACUAUGCUGCUUACCUAGCAGAGGUGAAUAAAGGUGUAACUCUGGUGGAUCUGCUGUCGUUUUCCAAUGAGCUGGAGGCCCAGGCCGAC